CCUGCGCAUCUUGUGAACGCGCCUACGAAUUCAAUAGAGCCGCUCGCGACGGCUAUUUGCUCCGACACCCAGUGAAGGAAGCUAGCCGAGCAAGGCGCAUAUUUUGAUGCUCGUAACUUAAAUUAUUGUCCUUAAGUUAUUAGAGCCACUGUAAAAAGUGGCUAACGCCGGGUGUUCGGAGGGUUUCAACAAACCAGAGAGGUUGUUUUGAAGACGCCGGGUGGUAAACAAGCGCAUAUCUCGUUAGCAGUUUCUCUCUCAGGCGCCGUUUUGAACAUAUUCAGCACAAACCGAGCCAGCGGUGCUACGUGUGACAAUGUGUUCGGUUCUAAAUAGAGUAAAACCAAUUCACAGAGCUGCGGCUCUGUCGCUGCGUCUCAAGGCGAACACCGAGGGCUCGAGUUACGCUGCAGCCCAGAGUAGGCGCCUCUCUCCCGGCGUCACUUCCUUCAUCGAGCCGCUACCAGUUACCCGCCGGUUGUACUGCUCCAGGACGCAAAAAGCCGAAGGACUGCUGUUCAGACAGCUGUUCGAGAUCGAGAGCUGCACCUACACCUACCUGCUUGCAGACACAGGAACCAGGGAGGCCGUCAUCAUCGAUCCUGUGCUGGAGACGAUCGACAGAGACCUGAAGAUCAUAAAGGAGCUGGGUCUUGAUCUUAAAGUAGCAGUCAACACCCACUGCCAUGCAGACCACAUAACAAGCUCAGGGUUGAUGAAGAAAAGACUGGCUGGCCUGAAGAGCGCCAUCUCCAAGUACAGUGGGGCAGCUGCAGAUAUCCAUUUUUCCGAGGGGGACAAGAUCACUUUUGGUAAACAUUAUCUGACUGUGAGAGGAACACCAGGACACACUGAUGGGUGUGCGACACUAGUGUUGGAGGAUCAGAGCAUGGCUUUCACCGGCGAUGCUCUGCUCAUUAGAGGCUGCGGCAGAACAGACUUCCAGCAGGGUUCUGCUACAAAGCUGUACGAGUCCAUCCAUAAGCAGAUCUUCACGCUGCCUGAUGAGUGCCUCGUCUAUCCAGCUCAUGACUAUUUAGGUCAGACGGUUUCCACAAUUGGUGAGGAACGCAAGUUUAACCCUCGCUUGACAAAGACCAAAGAGGAGUUUGUGAAGAUCAUGAAGAACCUAAAUCUCCGCAAGCCGUAUAAAAUAGACAUUGCAGUGCCUGCUAAUCUGGUUUGUGGAUUACAGGAAAUCUGAGCGCCUUGCAGAUGACAACAUCCCAUAUCACUGGCAAAAUCAGUUUCAUGUCCAUGCAUCUGUUAAAAAAUAAUAAUAAUGAACUCAACCAGCUUAUCACAAAGUGCUUGUUUGUUUGUUUUUACUCGUGUUUGACCAGUUUGUUUGUAGCUCA